UUUCCCCCGCGGCUGCCCAUCGUGGAUGCUUGGAGGGCCCCCCUCCAAUUCUCUUCCUGCGGCCAAAGAGGGAAACUUCCUCGGCGGGCGAGUCUCGUGGGCUCUGCCAUCAUUUAUGGUGAUCUGCUGUGCCUGAUUCUUGGGGUUUGGCAGAAGUUGCUGGAGCUUGCAUGCUGCUUCAUGCAGUUACACGUUCUGGGUCAUGAAACUUAAUCCACAGCAAGCUCCGUUGUAUGGCGACUGCAUAAUCACCGUAUUGCUUACUGAGGAUGACAAAAGCUGGAGCGAUGAUGUAGUUUUCUACCUUGUGUUUACUGGAUCCGCCGUUCAGCACUGCACCAGCACUAGGAAGCUUGAUUCAGGGACAUUGGAGACCAUUGCUCCUGGCCACGAUUGCUGUGAGACGGUGAAAGUCUCUCUCUGCGCUGCCAAGCAAGGCUCCCCUCUCUUGGUGGUGGCAGAGGACAGCCUUCAGUUUGUUCAGGAUGAAGCUUAUGACGCAGCUCAGUUCUUGGCAACCUGCGCUGGCAACCAGCAGGCUCUGAACUUCACGAGGUUCCUGGACAAGUCCAGGCCUCCGGCUGGGGAUGUGGACUUCCUGGAUGAGAAAGUGGCUUUGGCGUUUCGUCAUCUGAAAUUGCCGGCUGGGUGGAAUGUGCUGGGAGCAGACCACACUGCAAAUGAGAAUGUUGCCCGGGAGACACUGAUGCAUUUUGCUGUAAGGCUUGGACUGCUGCGACUUACGUGGUUCCUCUUGCAACAGCCAGGCGGAAGAGGAGCCCUCAGUGUCCCCAACCGUGAAGGAGCCACUCCCGUGAGCUUGGCCUUGGAGAAGGGCUAUCAGAAGCUUCAUCAACUCCUGACAGAAGAAGGAGCCAGCGAACCAGAUUCCUGGAGCGCCUUGUCGCACACAGUGCAUUCCGGGGAGUACUGUGUGAAGUACCACCGGGGGCUAAACAUUUAUACCCUGACGGUUGAACGAAGGAAGGAGCGGGAUCGAGCAUGGAGAGCGACGUCGUCUGCCUCCCAAACGCACAUACAGAACCAUCAGCACAUGGACACUUCUGUGUUCCAGAACAAGUGA